AUGACCAUCUUUGAAGCCAAGGGAGUCUCUAUGCAAUUGGCCGACGGUCGUUGGUUGUUCCGAGAUGUCGACAUUGCCUUAAACAAACAAGACGUCCUUGUUUUACGAGGUCCCAGCGGUGCUGGUAAGACUACUCUGUUAAAGUGUCUGGCCGAACUGGUACCUUUUGCCAGUGGCGAACUGUAUCUGCACGACAAACGACCUUCGGACUACGGGAUCCCCGGAUGGCGAUCCAGGGUCAUGUAUGUUCCUCAACGUCCUGCUGUGCACCCAGGAACUCCUCUUGAUCUAUUUAAUAUGGUGAAAAAGUUUAAGAAUCAACGUGACAAACGAUUUGAUGACCCGAUUCAAAUUGGCAUGGAUUGGAAUCUAUCGCAGUCUCACUUUCAUGAGAAAUGGAGCAACUUGUCUGGAGGAGAAAUGCAACGAUGUGCACUGGCCGUGGCAUUAGCCUUGAACCCGGAAGUUUUGUUGCUUGAUGAACCCACGUCCGCUCUCGAUCCCGAAUCCACCCUGCUCGUCGAAGAAACAUUGAAAUCACGUACAUGUAUAUGGAUCACACACAGUAACGAGCAAGAAUCGCGGGUCGCGACCAAAUCAUUGGUCCUGAAUCGCCAAACCGCCUCGUCCGAAUCAGUAAAAGAUGAUGAUGUCUCUGGAACCACCGCCACCGAAAUCGACAUGAAUAUCUAG